AUGUGCCAGCUCCAGCCCCAGCCACUGCUGGCCCUGCUGCUCCUGCUUCCCUGCCCGUGGGCCAGUGCCACUAAGCUGUGCCGCAGGCUGCUGCGAGUGAGGCUGCUGGUCUGGGCUCUGACCUCAGCAGCCACCGCUCAUCCUGCGGUGGGGCGUCUUGCUCUACAGGGUCAGGUUUUGGGGGGCCACGAGGCUCAGCCCCACUCCCACCCUUACAUGGCAUACCCGAAGGCAGGGAUGUUAGCCUGCGAAGCCUUCCUGGUGGCCGCUGACUGAGUGAUGACAGCCGCACACUGCCUCGGGAAUGCCACGGUCAUCCUGGGGGCUCACAACAUCCAAGAACCAGAAAUGACCCAGCAGCACCCUGAAUACGACCCAGACACUGUGUCUAAUGAUGCUGCUGAAGGCAAGCCGACAGCAAAAGCCAAUCUCAAUGACUACGUCAAGACCAUUCCACUGCCCAAGACCGGCAGCGACCUCCCCACGGGCACCAAGUGCAGCAUAGCCGGGUGAUCGAUCGAUGAUGACCAGGCAACCAACAAGCUCUUUGAUACCAAAGUCUCCAUCUACAGUCGCGGGAAAUGCAUCCGCUUCUACCCGCAUCUCAACACCGGCAUGGUCUGUGCCGGCAGCUUCCACGAGCUCCGGGAUUCCAGCCAGGGAGAUUCUGGAGGACCCCUGGUAUGCAAUAAGGUGGCACAAAGCAUUGUUUCCUUCGGGUACGACACCCUGCCAGGGGUCUACACCCACAUCUCCAACUACCUGCCCUGGAUCAAAAAAACCCUGAAGAAGUAG